AUGAGGUCAGCCCACGUAGCGAGUCUUUGUUGCUGCAUUCCAAGUCUGAAGAAGAUCUUUCUCCAAAGCUGGGCGCAUCUUCUUUUGAUCUCAUUCUUAAAGUUCAAUCUUAAAUUCAGCUUUCCAAGUGCAAAUGUCAUAACUUUGCUUCAGCUGCUUUGUUCUUGUUUUAUUUUGUAUGUGAUGAAAUAUUUUAAGAUCAUAUCCUUCAAUACCGAUAAAUCCAAGAGCGAGCAUGGCAACAAUUUGUUGACUCUUGUUUCGGCAAGACGUUUGGUUCAGAUUAUCCCUCUCGCAUUCACGUAUCUACUUUAUAUGCUAGUAACGAUGGAGUCCGUACGUAAUAUCAAUGUUCCAAUGUACACUACCCUUCGACGCACUAUAAUAUUUUUUACGAUGAUCAUGGAAUAUUUCCUUUCUGGUCAAAAGCAUUCAGUUUCAGUCAUCGGCAGUGUGGCAAUAAUUAUAUUAGGAGCUAUUAUUGCUGGAAUCCGAGACUUAUCAUUUGAUGCUUAUGGGUACGGACUGGUGUUCACAGCAAAUAUAUGUACUGCGACUUAUCUUGCCUUGAUCGCCCGCAUCGGUGAAUUAGAAGCCAUGUUAUCCUUUCCUCAUCUCUACUCUCUUGGCUUUCAGGUGGUGAUAUGUCUUUCAUGUAUGUUGGCUUUCUUGAUAAAUUACUUUGUGUUCCUCAAUACAACCCUUAACUCAGCACUCACACAUUCAAUAUGUGGUAAUAUGAAGGAUCUGUUUACAAUUGCACUAGGUUGGCUUAUAUUUGCUGGACUUCCUUUUGAUUGG